UAGAUACUGUUCACUAUAUACCAUAAUGGAUAGCCUAGCAGCUUAUAUUAUAGUGCGCGUUUACCAACUAUUUUCAGUAACACUAACAUAGCUGUGUUUACCAUUACCAGUUUAUAUCCCUAUAAUGAACUCUUCAGGUCAUUGGGAUCAUACGGAUUAUUCCGGUGAUAACCGAAUAGAUACUGCACAAGAACAUGACUUUUAUAAUUCAUCAUCAGUUAAUGCAUUAGCUACUUCCCUGCAUGCUGAAAUUGAUGAAAGUAAUAAUAAUGAUAGUGAUUUAUUACUGGCAGAUGAAAUAAGAACUAAUACAUUUAAUAGUAAUCAAAUAGAUAUAGAUGAACAAGAAGUUGUUUCUGCUCCAUCAGAACAAUUAAAUUUAGAACAAGCUCAAAGAGUUUAUUAUGUAAAAGGUUUAGAAGAAUUAGAAUCUUUACAAUUACUUGAUUUAUCUCCAUUAGCCAAUUGGAAAUUAUCAUCUUAUAAACAAGGAUUUGGAUUAACUCAAUUAAGAGAUGAUUCACCUGAUACUUAUUGGCAAUCAGAUGGUAGUAAUGGUAAUAAUGCUACUAAUGCUAUAUUAAAUAAUCAAUUAUGUAAUCCUCAUUCAAUUACUAUACAAUUUUCUAAAAAAGUAUCACUUGAAAGAAUAUCAAUAUUUACAAAUUAUUCAAUUGAUGAAAGUUAUACACCAUCUCGUAUAAAAAUUAUGGCAGGAAGUUCUGAUGGUUGGGAUUUAGGUGAAGUUUGUACUGUAAGUUUUACAAAACCAAUUGGUUGGUCUCAUAUAAUAUUUAAUGGUAUAAGAAAUGAUGGAGUUUUAAAAUGUUUUAUGGUAAAGAUAAUUAUACUUGCAAAUCAUCAAGAUGGUAAAGAUUCACAUAUUCGAGCCAUUAGAUGUUUUGGUAAAAAGAAACUUAAUUCAAUUAAUUUACCUCCAACUUUUAAUAUUGAACGUAGUUCAUUAAGUGUAAAUAGUGAUAUUUUAAAAGAUUUAAGUUUAGCAAGUGCCAUUAGUAGUGCUUCUGGAUUUCUGUUAAAUCAUCGGCAAUUAAAAAUUGGAUCAUCAUCAAUUAAUCAUAUUGAUCUGUCUUAUAAUGAAGAAGAUGGACAAAUGGAUGAAUCUGAUGCUGAUCGAGAAAGUUCAAAAGUAUUAAAUAAUGUUGCUGAUGUAAUUGGGUUUAAUUCAGGGUUUCAAAGUUUAGAUUUAACAAGUAUUUCAUCAAUUCGUUGAUAAAUAAUAAUAAUAUUGUUAUUUCUAUUA